AUGAUUAAAAAUUGGGUAACAGAUGAAAAUAAUUAAUUGAAACUUUCAAUUUAUUUGAUACAAAAUGCAAAGUAGAUCCAAGAAAAUUAAAGUUAUCAAUAUAAAGUUUAGGAUUUGAUUAAGAAAACCAGACAAUAAACAACAUAAUUUAAAAGUAAGAGAAUGAAGGUAAUUAAAUUAAUUUUGAUUAGUUUUUACAGAGAAACAAGAGAUGAAAUUAAUAAAUUUCUGACUGAUAAUAAAACUUAUGCAAUGAACCUAAUAUCUAAAAAGGGUAUUUUUACUUUUAAUAUUAAGAUAGCCAGAGAAUUAGAUGAAAUUAUGACUGAUGAAGAAAUGGCAGAAAUAUUAGAAAGAGCAUAAAAUGGUAGAGAAAUUUCAAGAGAAGAAUUUUACAACAUAAUAAAUAUAAAAACAUUCUGA